CGACAUUCCGCCAAUGAGAUAACAUCCUCCUGUAAUGCGGAGUAGAGAACAGACUUCGUACAAACUGCACCUGUAGAGACCAGCAACAACGCGAACUCCACCUUGGAUCAUCGCACCAACGAAUAGAAAGUGCCGAUCAAUCAAUCAAUCAAUCACCGCAUCAAAACAAAUCUUUGAACUACUUCAGGCCACGCCCAAGAGAUUUUGGCUCUGGUGUUCGAGACAACUCCAAGUCCAAGCAUGGUGAGCGAAAAAGAAAAUGGAAAACAACGAAGAGGUCGCCGACAUAGGCGUCGACAGCAGAGCAUCUUCGCAUGUUCUCCUUCGCUAUCCAUGGCGAUUCUCGUAGUCUCGUGCUCUCUGCCGUUUGAUCUCGAUGGGGUUUCUGGUUGGACUUCAGGAUCGAUUGUCGUGGGAAGACGGACGCUCUUGCACAGACUGACCCCGGUUGCCAGAACGCGUCUAUAUGCCAACAAAGGUGGAGAAGACGAAGACUUGAUCAGUGAAAUGGAUGCCCGAAUCUUACAGAGCAUGCUCCGGGACAACAAACUCGAUCUGGAACAAACGUCGAACAUGAAGAAGUUACUGGAACGCGGGGUCCGCAAAGACAAGGAUUUCGAAAGCAUAAAAGAACUCCAGGAACGACAAAAGCAGGAGCAGAAGGAAGAAGAAGACGAUACGUAUUCUUCGGAGGUCAUCAAGACGCUUGCCAACACCAAAUUCUGGAAGGCCCUGAAGCGAAACGCCGGUGAAGCCUUGGAAUCCCUGGCCAUUUCUGUGACUAACGAGAUCGAAAAGACCGCAAAGGUUCUGGUUGGGUUGGGCUUUUUUGCUUGGGAUCGUGCUAAACAGGACGUGGCCAGGGCGUUGCCCACAGCGGCUAGCGUUCCAAAAAAGAAGGUCUUUCAGCUGGAAGAAUCCUCGAGUUAUGUAGAACCACCCGUGGAGAGCGAAGAAGAAAAAGAAAUCAGGACACGGGCCGAACGCGCCAAGAGCCUUCGCCAGGAAUUCACCACCCCUGCCGACGAGUUUUCCGCCGUCACUGCCGAGAUCAGCAGCAUUUUCAAAAGGGCCAACCGGCAGGUAGAAAUGAAAGAAGACAAAUCCAAGGACAUGGGAAAUCCUUUUUUCGCUGCCUUUGUCGAGGAACAGUCGUCCCGAGAAGGUGGCAGUGGCGAAGACUCUUCCCCCUUUUACGCAAGCUCCACUCUUUCGACCACGGCGUCUCGCGGAAACGCCCGGUUGCAGUCGGCCUUCAAGAAAUCCCAAAAGACUAAACUAGCCCAGCAAAAAGAAAACCCCGCAUCGAAAGCCAAUCGACUGGCAUCGGCCGCCAUCGAUUCGGCCUACCAGGUGCGAAAGGAAAUCCAGAGCGAAGAAAACGUUCCGGGGUACAAGACCAAGGAAUUGCGGGAAUCGACGGUCGACGUCUCACGCCGAAUCGCCGGUGCUGCCAAGAAAACCGCGGGUUUCCUCGGUGGGGCCUCGGCAUUUUUGCUGGGCUCGGAGGAGCCAUCGAAACAAGCACAACUGCCGUCGUCGGAUGGCGCAAAGGUCAAGGCCGAACCCGCCGAAUUUCUGGACGAUUCCGCCUAUUUUGCGUUCAAACGAGAAGCACCGCUACAGACCGAAGACUUGUCGGGAGGUACUGUGAUCGAAGGCGGGGGCCUCCCCACUCCCAAAAAGGAAGAAAGUGGCGGGGCUUUUGGGUUUUUGAGCGCUAUUUCCAAGCGUGGCCGUUCUGGGGAAGCCCAGCAGGAAACCGAUAGCAAUCCUGUAGAAGACUUGUCAACGGGUGUUGUGAUUGAAGAUGGCAAUGUUGCUACCCCAGAAAAAGAAAAGGGUGGAGGGGCCUUCGGUUUCUUUAGUGCUAUUACGAACCGUGGUCGUCAAGACCAGGACCGAGAAACCGAAAAGGAGUCCGCCGAGGUUUUUGCACCCCCACCAAUCGCGCAGGAGACGGAAUCCAUUACGGCGGAGGUGUUGGACAUAGACAGCGACGGCAGCUUUGAGUAUUUCGACGCGGAAACCGAGGGCGCCAAGAGCGAACCUUUCACCACCACGUCGUAUCUCGAAAACAUGGAAGCGGGAACUGCGACGGAGGUUGCCUCCGACGAGGACCUCCGACAGGUCACGGUCGAGGUGGUAUCCGACGACGAUUUCGACGACUCUGUUUUUGAACAGGCGACCGCCGUCGACAACAUAUCGAUUGAGGAAUUGCUAGAGCAACAGGCUGCCGAGGAAGCCGCUGAAAACCGGGAACCGAACUUUGUCACUAAGGCAACGCUUCGAACCCUGGACGUGGCAUUCCUGGUGGUCGAAAAGGGUGUUAGCGUCGCACCCGAGGCCCUAGAGGUCGCCAAGCGUGCGGUCACUCGUGCUACCGAAGCCAAACUCAAAGAUUCUGCCGGGAGCAAGGUGGGAUGGGAAGCCCACAACGGAAAUGUCCGUGGUGAAAAGCGAUACUAACAAGUGAACCGAAACGAAUUAAAAAAAGGCAAAAGCAAUUGAGAACGACUGAAGCAGUUAUCGAUGCAUGUGUUUCGAACUUCAUUUUGGCAGUGGUUGAGGUCGGUUCCAUUCGCAACUCUACAAAAAAGUAGCCCAGUCGCACAGCCUGGACGCAGCCUCCGACCUCCAAAGCUCAUAAACAAGUUUGAUUCUACAUGCGUAUGCGUGAAAUAGUCGACAACCAAGCAUCACGUCGAUCAUUCGACCCGAGAAAAAGAAAACGAGAAGUGCACCCUACAUCAUGAACAAUAUUCACAGAAUGGCCUUUCUGGCAGCACUGUCUUCUCUACUAAAAAUUUGCUAAGGUAUUCUUUCCACAGAAUGAAACAAAUCGAACACAUGCAUUAUAUAAUAUAAUUUGCGGUUUGAA